GUACAUCACCUGACCAACCCGAAGUGAUCGUGUACAUGAUCGAGUAAAUAUGAUCAAAAAUUGUUGAUUGUUUUGAUCCAAAUCCAGUAUUAAUUACCCCUCAUGUAAGGCUAUGUGAAGUUGAAGUACAGACAACCUACAUGGUAAGAAUGCCACGGUGGUUUGAGUUUAACGGGAUGCUAUCAUCAUAAUGGGUGUGACCUCUCUCCCCUACCAAAGGAAUUCCGCACCUUCUGUUGGAUGAUUGAUGCAACAUAAAAAACAAACAUGGAAUCGGAGAAGUUUGAUGAAUGGCACCGUAACCUUGUCAGGUCUUUCACCGAAGAGUUGAGCGACGAGCAACGAUGCUCGGUCCUUGACAAUCUCAUCGCAGCCAGCGGUGCCAGCCAGCUUCGGUUUCUCUCCACCAAGCUCGAAGGUCUUGUGAAACGAGACUUCUUACGUCUCCUCCCGGUAGAGCUCGGGAAUUACCUCCUAGCCUGGUUGGACGCCGAGACUCUGUGUCGAUGCUGCCUCGUUAAUAAACAAUGGAACAAAAUGGUGAAUGAGUGUGGCCAGGCCUGGCAGAACGCCUGCUGUCGGCUUGGGCUGAACGCCACGGAGCUGGAGUUACGUCUGGAUCAGAACGGACGAGAUUGGAAGGCUGCUUAUAGGGACUUUAUGUUGAGGCUUAGACAGCUACGAGAGGGAUGUGCAUUUGAUAGUUUGACAUUAAGGGGACACAGUGCCAGGGUGUAUGCUCUGCAUUAUCGAAAUGGACAAUUGGCCUCAGGAUCUGAUGAUCUAACGGCCCGGCUAUGGGACGUUUCCACCGGCCAGUGUCUCAAAAUACUCCAGACUCACACCUGCGCUGACAUCAAGUUUGACGACAACAAACUCAUCACAGCUUCGUUUGAUAAUACAGUGGCCUGUUGGGAUUGGGAGACGGGAACCAGACUUCAGAGGUUCUCAGGUCACACUGGGGCAGUGUUUAGCAUUGAUUAUAGCGACAAGCUGGACCUGUUAGUCAGUGGCUCAGCGGAUACCACAGUCAAGCUAUGGUGCUUGAGCGAUGGCGCACUGUUGAACACACUACAUGGACAUUGUGACUGGGUCACUCAAGUGAUUCUACACGAAGCAUGUGUUGACUCUGAUUUUUUCAGUGCCGGUGAGCCUGUUCUUCUUACAAUGGAUAAAGCAGAAAUAAAGGUUUGGAAUUUGAAGAACAGCGAUGAGUCACAGUGCAUCAGAACAUUGACAUCACCAAGCACCAUGGCCGUCCAUACUCAAACUUUCCUACCGAGGCUACAAUUUUAUGGAGCCCAUGUGGCGUGUGCCUCGGAUAUCGGCAUCUUGGUCUGGAGUUUCCAAACAUUUGAGUUGACAAAACUCAUCCCGUACGCCGACUCCAGCAACCUCAUCCUCCUUGGCAUCUGCUCUGCCUUUACUCUCCUCCUCGAUCAUCAAUUCCUCCGCCUCCUCAACACCCAGACCCACGAGGUCAUCUCCUCAUGGCGCCUACCAGCCUACCGCCGCUCCAAACGAGGCUCUAACUUCGUAGCCGGUGCCGUCCAAUGGUUGGAGGGACUGAGGCUGGAGGCCGAGGAAGGCCUGGUGUUUGCAACGAGUAUGACGGACCACAGCUUGCAUCUAGUACGUUGGAGACAGCCAGUUGAGGGUAAAGAGCUGAGGUGACGUUAAAACAUCCAGAGACCCGAAAAUCUGGGAUUACAUUGUGCAGCUUUCAGUGCUAUUUGCUUAAAACACGUCGUCUCCCUGUAACUUUUCUGAAAUAUUAUACAAUGUUUUUCCUUUGUAAAUGUAAUCCUACAGAAUACUGUAAUCAAAGUUUGGAUACUUGUGGCACAUCAUAAUUCAAGAUGUGACAUCAACUGUUCACAAAAGAGCAACUAAGCCUGGACUUCCCGCAGGAGUGAUUUGUGGACAGCUCAAUUGCACUGUGUAAUUUUAAUUCAACUUUUGAUAUGAUGAAAGGGGGCACAAAAUAAAGUCACUGUUUCCAUUUCAUAGUGCUGCUAACCAUAAGCACUUAAAAAGGCAUGCCAAUCUUUCAGUGCUUAUUGCUGCAUGAAAAUGAAUGACGUAACAAUGCUAAUCCAUGGUGAAUGCACAAGCUGUCCGCUUAAUUUUCUUGCUAACCUGUGAAAUAAGAUAAUGGUAAAUAGUUAAUGGCCUGACGUUUCGGACCAGCAGAGACUUUCUCAACAACACAAUAAACAUAAACAAGUUUACUGGUGUAAUAGAAACAGUCAAGUGAAAAUGUUUGAUACAGAACGCACAUUGUGACUGUUGAAUCCAACAGGCCGACCCAAAGAGAAACAGGUGUAAUUUCACAAUUAAAAAUUGUAUGCCUAC